AUGGCAACGGCCAUAAUGACGGAUUUAGGUGGAAUACCUACAUUUGAUUGCCACGGGGAUCAAACUACAGUCGGUGUGCGAUGGACAAAAUGGCGGCGCGCAUUCGAACUUUUCAUAGCAGGAAAAGGCGUGAAGGAUGCUGCACAGAAGAAAGCAUUACUGUUACAUUGUGGUGGGAUGGAGAUGCAGGACAUUUUCUUUACGUUUACACUGGAAGAUCCAGGGGAAAAUCAGACUGUGUACGAUGUCGCGAUGAAGAAAUUAGACGACCAUUUCAAACCACAGGUAAAUGAUGCAUAUGAGAGACAUUUAUUUCGCGCUAUGAAACAGUCCCAAAAUGAAACAAUAGAUCAAUUUGUUACAAGACUGAGACAAAAAGCUGAAUUUUGUGGAUAUGGCACGAAAACGGAUGAGAGUAUCAGAGACCAAGUCAUUGAAAAAUGUAGCUCCUCUGUUCUGAGACGUAAACUUUUAGAAAGGGGUAAGGAUCUCACACUCGACAAAUUACAAACAAUCGCUAGAGCUCUUGAAGCAAGUGAAACACAGGCGUUUACCAUGGAAAACAUAAAAUCUGAAGUGAAUCACGUGCAAGUUAAGGGGUCACGUUCAUGUAAAGCGUCAGUAACAAAGAAACCAAGUUCAGAUAAACGAUGCUAUAGAUGCGAUCGAGAAGGACAUAACCAAUCAAGUGACAGAUGUCCAGCAAAAGGGAAAGAGUGUCACAAGUGUGGACGUACAGGUCAUUUUGCCAAAUGUUGUAAGUCUGGAACUGUGAAUAAACCAACUAAGGGGCGCAGUAGGGACCACAAUCAAAGGAAUUCACACGUUAGAUUUGUAGACACUGCUGGGAACCAGGAAGAUGACCAUGAUGAUGAAUACGCAUUUUCGGUGACAGAAUUUUCAAAGCAGCCAAGUAUCACUGUACAGCUGGGAGGAGUGAGUGCAGAAAUGAUUAUAGACUCAGGCGCAAGCUGUAACGUUAUAGACAAGUCUACAUGGGAAAUCCUGAAAAACAAAAGAAUCCAGUGUCAAUCACAGCGAUCAAGUAAGAGAUUAUUUUCCUAUGGGAGUCAAACACCGAUGAAUGUCAUUGGAACUUUUCUUGCAACUAUCUCUGUGGGGUCUAAGUCCGAAGAAGCGGAGUUCAUUGUCGUUGAAGAGAAAGGGCAAGCACUCUUGGGACGCGAAACAGCUCUGAAAUUAGGCGUUCUGAAACUAGGACCAGAUGUUCAAGUGAAUACAGUGAGUGACAGUAUAUUUACAGAGUACAGCGAUGUAUUUCAGGGAUUAGGAAAAUUGAAAGAUUUCCAAUUAGAAAUACCGAUUGACAAAGAAGUCACACCAGUAGCACAACCUUUGAGGAGAGCACCUUUCAAUCUGAGGAGUCUCAUAGAGAAGAAACUGGAUGAAUUGGAGAACCUGGAUGUGAUCGAGAAAGCAAGCGGACCUACUCCAUGGAUAUCACCUGUAGUCGUGGUACCUAAGAAGAAUGACAUCAGACUUUGCAUUGAUAUGAGGCAAGCCAAUUCUGCGAUCAUUCGUGAGAGACACCCGAUUCCUACAGUCGAUGAGGUUCUUCAUGUUUUGAAUCAGAGUACCAUUUUCUCGAAACUGGAUAUAAAAUGGGCGUUCCAUCAAGUAGAGCUCUGUAAAGAAUCGAGACCAAUCACAACUUUUGUAACACAUAAAGGAUUGUAUCGAUAUAAGAGACUCAUGUUUGGAAUAAGUUGUGCUCCUGAAAUGUACCAAAGAGUGAUACAACAAGCUCUCGAAGGAUGCGAAGGAGUUAGAAAUAUAUUUGACGACAUUGUUGUGCACGGAACAUCUGUGGAGGAACAUGACGCUAGGCUUAGAAAACUUCUGGACAGGAUUAGGGAGAAGGGACUCACCUUAAACAAAGAAAAGUGUAAAUUUCGGAUGUCAGAAAUUGUGUUCAUGGGACAUUUACUGUCUGCCAGAGGUAUAGGACCUGCGAAAUCGAAGGUGACAGCUGUAAACGAUGCUAGACAACCGGAAACAGCAUCUGAAAUUCGAGGAUUUCUGGGGCUAGUCAAUUACAGCUCGAGAUUCAUCCCAGAUCUGGCAACGUUAUCCGAGCCGUUGCGUAGGUUAACGAGGAAGGGAGUUCACUUCAAUUGGGGCCAGGAACAGGAACAUGCUUUCGAGGAAUUGAAACGCAGACUCACAAAUGCACAGACUUUAGGAUACUAUGAUCCAAAGGCAGAAACAAUAGUUAUCACCGACGCAAGUCCUGUUGGCUUAGGCGCAGUCCUUGUACAGAAACAAAAUGGAGAUGAGCGUGUGAUAUGUUACGCAAGUAGGACUCUAUCGGAUGUUGAAAAAAGAUACUCGCAAACGGAAAAGGAGGCAUUGGGCAUAGUCUGGGCAUGCGAGAGAUUUCACAUGUACUUAUAUGGAACAGAAUUCGAAUUACGCACUGACCAUAAACCUUUGGAAUUCAUCUAUUCCAAGAAGUCAAAACCUUGUGCUAGAAUUGAAAGAUGGGUGUUGAGACUACAAACCUAUACCUUCAAAGUGAAGCACAUACCUGGAAAACAAAACAUCGCAGAUUGUUUGUCUCGUAUGCCAUCCAAAGAAGUUGAUCCAUUUUUUGUUGAAGACUCUGAGACACAUGUAAAAUUUGUUGCGGAGACAUCUACACCAAAUGCAAUGUCUACAAGACAAAUCGAGCGGGAAUCGGAUAAGGAUCCAGAACUGGUAGAUGUUCGCGAGUGUAUUCAGACUGGCAAAUGGCAUAACAUACAGGAAAAAUUGUAUUUGACUGUGCGUGAAGAAUUGUGUUGCAUUGGAAAACUAAUUCUCCGAGGGACCCGAAUUGUUAUUCCGACUGAAUUGCGAACACACGUUUUGGAAUUAGCUCACGAAGGUCACCCAGGCAUUGUAGUCAUGAAGAGGAGAUUACGAGCGAAAGUUUGGUGGCCAGGCAUAGAUCGUGAAGUGGAGAAGUUUGUCAAAACCUGUCAUUCAUGUCAACUGGUUAGUCAACCACAAGCACCUGAACCGAUCAAAACUACGGAAUUACCAAAUGGACCAUGGCAACAUAUUGCUGUUGACCUCAUGACACCAUCGUUACCAUCAGGAGAUCAUCUUUUUGUUGCAGUGGACUAUUACAGCAGAUACAUUGAGGUGGAACACAUGAAAAGUACAACUACAGACAAGAUCAUAAGGAGUCUGAAGAGGAUGUUCUUAACGCAUGGACUACCGUUAAGCAUCUCAAGUGAUAAUGGUCCUCAGUUCAUAUCUCAUGAAUUCAAGGAGUUUAUGACUGAAAAUGAUAUCUAUCACCGGAAAACCACACCUCUUUGGCCACAAGCUAACGGGGAGAUUGAACGGCAGAACCGCUCAUUGUUAAAACGUAUCAAAAUCGCGCAAAUCGAGAAGAAGGAUUGGAAGGAGGAAUUAUCGUCCUACCUAAUGAUGUACAGAACAACACCACACAGUAUAACAGGAGUCAGUCCUUCGGAACUUCUAUUUCGACGGAAAAUUCGUACUCGUCUUCCAGGCAUUGAAGAUUAUUCAACUAUGACAGACGACCAGGAUGUUCGGGAUCGCGACUCCGAGAAAAAGGAGAAAGGGAAAAUGUAUAUAGACAAUAAACGUGGAGCUAAGGAGAGUGACAUAGCUGUUGGAGAUUCUGUGUUGUUGAAACAGAAGCCAGGAAACAAGCUCACACCUACGUUUGAAGCAGAACCGUACCAUGUUACAGAGAAAACAGGAAACAGUGUGACCGUUGAAUCACCAAGUGGAGUUUGCUACAAGAGGAAUACCACUCAUCUUAAGAAAUUUCAUGAGCGAGCGAAUACGUUUACGAAAUCCACAGUUGACGAUAAAAUUGAUGGAAAACGGAUCGAAACAAACAUUCCGAACUGUGAAACGGCGACAAGAAUUUGUGACACCAGUGCUUAUACUACGCGUCCGACCGAAGUUCGUGACACAAGUGUUCAAAUUACGCGUCCGAUCCGAGAACGCAAACUUCCAGACAGGCUUAAAGAAUACGAAGUGUCAUUUCAGUGA